CACCGGCGGCGUCGGCGGCGUCGGCGCCGUGGGCCAGAGCGGCUUCCAGCAGCCCAUGGUGGCGCCGCAGCAGCAGGGCCACGCCGGCGCGCCGGGCCAGGACCAGUACGCGUUCGACGAGGGGUGAGUCGGGUGCGGCACAGAAGGGGCGCGUCGGUGCAGCUCGCUGACGCUGCUUCGCUUGCCAGCAUGCGCUACCAGCAGAGCCGUAAGUGACAGUGUAGCGCAUACACCGAAGGCCACUGGCGCUGCUCCAUGCCCCGACACCCUCAGCGACGCUCUCGCUGACGCCUGCUUCUGCAGUGAUGGCGCAGUGUGCGCGCGGCAACCACCAGCUCGAGACCAAGUACGGCAUCGUCGGCAUCCUCAUCGCCGUCAUCUGCUGCCCGUGCGGCCUCAUCGCGCUCUGCAUCGACCGCAAGAAGGUCUGCACGCGUUGCGGCGUCGUGGUCAAGUCCUGAUCUCGCCCCGGCUCGCUUUUCCUUCUGCGUGCG